AUGGGUGCAUCCGACUCGAAACUGUCCUUCAAGCAGGGCGUCUUCCGCCUGUCUGAGCCCAAGCAGAUCCCCGCCGACGACGCCUAUUGGACUGGCUUCUGGGAGCUGCCCGAGUCGACGGAAGAUGUCUUCUCGCUCUUCUCGCCCGCAGACAUUCGCCGCACCCGCGACAACAACCUCGCCAAUCUCGAGACGCUCAUCCUCGCCGUCACCUCGCGCCUCAUAGUCCUGCGCAACCACCCCUCCUUCCCCGACCCCGAGCUGGCCCCGGAGCGCGACGCCCUCAACUGCAUACGGGUCCUCACGCGACUGCUGCCCUUCUUGUAUGAAGCCGACCACCUCGAGACAUGGGAGGACCAAUUCUUUUGGGCCGCGCGGCGGAAGCGCAGUCGGCGGGGCCAGCUGGUGCGAAGCGAGAUCAUCUUCGACGAGGCCGACCCAGAGCAGACGCCCACCGAGAAGGAGCCUGAGUUCGAGAAAGCCAAGCCGCUGGCUGAGGAGAUCAUCGACACGCUGAUCGACCUGCUCUUCUUCUCCGACUUCACCCUGCCCAAAGUCGCGGCUGGCAAAAACAAGGUCUCGUAUGCGAUAUGGCAGAGCGGCGUUGGCUGCAACACGCCUGUCGCUUCGACCAAGGAGUUUGAGAGCAACAGGACCGAAAUUCUGCGCUUGUUGCUUACCCUGGCUAGCAAGUCCAUGUACAUGUCGGCCGGUGUGCUACCAGUCAAGGGCGUAAAGGCCAUCACCUACAUUGCGACGUGUCCCGACAAGCAGGUCGUUCUUUCCGUCCUCUGCUCGCUGCUCAAUACCACCCUCAAAUACAAUCCCGCAACAUGGCGCGUGCCAUACGACCACGUCGUCUUCAAGGACCAGCGACAGGUUCUGGUUACCUACUGUUUGCAGUUGCUCCUCGUCCUCGUUCUGUACCCUAUACCCGAGUCUGGAAACGGCCCAGCGCCUAAGAACUUCUUCCGCCAUUUCCUCGGCCGUCUACACCGUCCCCAAGACUUCCAGUUCCUGGUUGAUGGUAUGACGAGAAUACUUAAUCAGCCGCUUCAAGCCAACACCUCAUACCUCCCUGGUAGCCACAAGUCAUUGACCUGGGCACCCGAAAUGAUCAUGCUCUUUUGGGAGGCACUGCAGUGCAAUAAACGCUUCCGCUCCUUCAUCAUUGACACCGAUAGGGCCCACGAUUUCGUCGUCUUGGUGCUCUACUAUGCCAUCGAUCAGCGGAAUGAUCUGUCAAAGCAGGGUCUUGUGCGCAUGUGCAUCUUCGUGCUCCAGACGUUGAGUGUCGAGCCGCAAUUUGGCAAGAGCCUCAACAAGACGUUUGAGGGGCAAGAGUCGCUUCCGGCUAGCAUACGCAUACCCAACUUUCAUGGCACAUAUGCCGACUACGUGAUCACGUCUAUAUAUACCCUACUCACCACUGGUAAAGGCAGGCUAGACGCCAUCUACCCUGCUUUGCUCGCAAUCCUCAACAACAUCGCGGCUUACGUUCAGAACAUCGGACGCGCCUCGAGCUCUAAAUUGCUCCAACUCUUUGCGUCCAUGUCAUCUCCUAGCUUCCUAUUCGCCAACGAAAACAACCACACUCUUCUGCAAUCAUUGUUAGAAGUUCUCAACGCUAUGAUUGAGCAUCAAUACCCACACAACCCAAACCUGGUGUACGCCAUCGUGAGAUCGCGGAAAAGGUUCCAGGCACUGCGAGACUUCACGUUGGAGAGCGGCCAAGAAGAAAUCGAGCGUCAGAACCAGCAACGCAAAGAAGGCGGCGAAGACCUCACACGAACUAAUUCCAUCGACAGUCUUAGAAGUCCCACGGUAGCUCGCACACCUACUUUAGGUAAUGUACCGGAAGAGGACAGUGCUUUCGCCAUUGGCGACGAUGAUGACUCCGACGCAGAAGAUGCACGUCCAUCAGAGCCAUCAAGGUCUCCUGUCCCAUCGCAGUCAGGAGCCUCGAGAAGCGCGUCAAGAAGCGCAUCCAUAGCCUCAUCUAUAGACGACUCUGUGCCGCUUCAAGUAAGGGGCAUGUCGGAGAAGGCAAGGGGCAAGAUGCCAGUUGGCCAACCUGCCUUCUCUCGGCAGAACAGUAUGACCAGUCUCCAUAGUCUGACGGGCCCAGCCUUGGCCACUAAUGAGUUCUUUACUCCCUCCGUUCCAUGGUUGGAAGGAUGGCUUUCAGAACUACCGAUGCAUACCAUUCUCAUGCUGAUAUCGGAACUCGGUCCCAAGAUGCCCAGCUCAGGCAGCGCCAACGACACGGCCGCAGCGUUGAAAACUAUACGCGAGACCGAAGUACGUGGGAUUGAGCCUUCGCCUAUCAGGGUGCACCUCUUCGAGUGGUCGGCCUUAUCUCUGGGUUGGUAUGAGUCGCUACUCUGGGGAUUCGUCUUCGCAGCCGAGAUGGUCGUAGCCAAGGGUACUGCCGGGGUAUGGAACAACACUAGCAUAAGGUUGUUCAAGGUUCAAGAAGCUGCGGCCACAGCGCCUUCACUUCUGCAGCCAAGAGGGGCUGUAGAUGCAGUCGGGACGAAUCUCGUGCAGCGAAUUGGCUCCCUCAAUCUACGCGGAGUUGCAACCCAAGGCGCGCAACGCUCCCCAACGAGCAGCGGUAAUGCCGGCGCCAACACAGUUAGAGACGUGUAA